ACUCAGCUUGCGGAUGGAGUUUAAAAAUUUGGCCUGGCAACGCAGUCGCAUGGACAUGGAACGCUCGGUGCGGAGUGAGGAGCGCUUGUACUACAUAGCGGCACAGCAGCCGCUGUUGCGGAACGAGGAGGACUAUGCGGACGCAGCCGAGUCGCUGCUGUACAACGGCAGCUCCACAGAGCAGCCGUUGCUGGCCGAGGAAGCCGCCUAUCCAUCGACCACGCCAGCCUUCAAUGUGACCGUUUUGCUUAACUUUAGCUGCACCGAUUCCAGCUCCCAUUCGGACGACCUGUGGUCCAGCGACUACUUCAAGAGCGUCGUCUACUUGCUCUACAUACCCAUCUUCAUAUUUGCUCUGCUCGGCAACGGCAUCGUCUGCUACAUAGUGCAAUCAACGCCGCGCAUGCGCACAGUCACCAACUAUUUCAUAGCCAAUCUGGCACUGGGCGACAUACUCAUGUCCCUCUUCUGCGUGCCCUCCUCCUUCAUCUCGCAGUACAUCCUCAACUACUGGCCGUUCGGCAUUGUCCUGUGCCACUUUGUCAACUACUCGCAAGUGGUCUCCGUCCUGGUCAGCGCCUACACCCUGGUGGCCAUCAGCAUCGAUCGCUACAUAGCCAUCAUGUGGCCGCUGCGGCCGCGCAUCACAAAGCGCUAUGCCAAAUUUAUUAUAGCCGGCGUCUGGUUUAUUGCGCUGGCAACUGCCUUUCCCAUACCCGUCGUCUCCCGGCUGGAGGUGCCCAGCUCCAUAUGGCACGAGAAGUGCGAAAAAUACAUCUGUCGCGAGGUCUGGCCCUCGGCCGAGCAGGGCUACUAUUACACGCUCACCCUGUUCACGCUGCAGUUCAUCGUGCCGCUGCUGGUGCUGAUAUUCACCUACACGCGAAUCGCCAUCGCCGUGUGGGGCAAGCGCCCGCCGGGCGAGGCGGAGAACUCGCGCGACCAGCGCAUGGCACGCUCCAAGCGCAAGAUGAUUAAAAUGAUGCUGACGGUUGUAAUUGUAUUCACAAGCUGCUGGCUACCGUUCAACAUACUACAGCUCAUGCUUAACGAUGAGGAGUUUGCCAACUGGAAACCCUUGCCGUAUGUUUGGUUCGCCUUCCACUGGCUGGCCAUGUCGCACAGCUGCUACAAUCCCAUCAUCUACUGCUAUAUGAACGCCCGUUUCCGUGGCGGAUUCCUACAGAUCAUGUACCGAGUGCCGGGACUGCGGCGCUGCUGCUGCCUGCAUCGCUAUCUGCGCAGUCGCGGCGAGCGCAGCUAUGAAGCUACCGGAACGGAAGAUGCAUUCCACCUACAUCGUGUGAACACCUGCACCACCUACAUCAGCACCAGGCGAAAGCUACGCACAAAUUCUAUGCAAAUGAGCCAAUUUUCAUGUGCGGAGACCACAGUGUUACGGUAGCUCCCGAUGUCGCACAGAUGCCACAACCCCGGCUCCAGCCGCGCCGACCCGCUGGUGCGUUUCACCUGAACAGCACCAGCUACCUGAGCUCCACACAGUUCUGAACUAAGUUGCAAACCAAAGAUGUGCUGAAUCUCCAUUGAUUUCUAGUGCAAGCGUCUCGAAA